AAAUGUACUGAACGCACUCUCGAUGCAACCCUGUAAAACGUCACUAUUGGUAUUUUUUGUAGCAUAUUUCUUUUCCGCUCUACUGUCAAAAACGGAGGUUUAAUAACGCAUAAUGGCCAAGUCCAAGAAUCACACCAACCACAAUCAAAACAGAAAGGCGCAUCGCAAUGGCAUCAAACGCCCUAUCCGCAAACGCCAUGAAUCAACGCUGGGUAUGGAUGUGAAGUUCCUAAUCAACCAGCGAUAUGCGCGUAAGGGUAACCUGUCCCGUGCCGAGGCCAACAAACGCUACGACGAGCGUGUGGCCGCCCAGGCCGGCAAACCAAAGCCCAUCAAACUAUAAAUAUCGCAAAAACCUUAGCGUAGGAAAUUCGAUGUACAAUGGAUUUGAAUAAAAGGCGGCAGAAAUAAAAUUUUAUACAAAAAGUGGUA